UUAUGUUUGAAUAAAUUUUCACAGGCAAUUUGCCUUUCAUUAUACUCAAAAAUCCUUUUCUAACUAAGGUCAGAAAUUUAAAUAAACCGUCAAUUACUAUUUCUCUUACAUUAACUUUACCCUUUCCCGCCCCUUUUCUCCUGCAUAUAAACCAGAUUAUUUUACCAAUUUUACCAGUAUAUCGACAUCUUAUUCUGAUUAUCGAUUUCCUCCCUUUUUCCUUCCAAAAAUGUGACUCCACGAGACUUUGUGAGAAUGUUUAAACAUUUUGGCUAAAUGAAUUUUUCAUUUGAAGAAUGUCAAUUUGGAAAAAUUAAAUAUUUAUUUGUUUAAAGAAAUUUUUUUUUGUUGCAACGCUAAAAAUUUUUUUAUUUUUUUGUAAAAUUUUUAAUUUGUUUUUAUCAAAAAAAUUAUUUUUUCUAUUUGUUUCUCAUUUUUUCUCAAAAUCCAAAAAAAAAAUUUUUUAGAGAAUGUAUCCAUUCAUUAAAAAUGCAAAAUUGGCACGUAGCAAAACAAAUAUUGGGCAAUACAAUGAGGCAAUAACUAAUUAUGAGGAGGCAAUACGUUUAAUUGGCGUUCAGAUUAAACAGACUUAUAAUGAUAAUACUAAACGGAAUCGGCUUGUUAAGUGUUUGAACACUCUUCAAGAAGAACUCCAUUUACUUCAACACGAAUUAAUCCCUGCUUUGGAUCAAUUAGCUCAAGCUGCUUUUGAUAAUUGUUCGACUGACUCUGAGUCCCCACCUGCUGAUCCACCAGCGGGUAGUUCUCGUUCUCAGAGACUUUCAGUUCAACACACACCAACAUCUUCGGUUACAACUUCGAGGUCUUUUCGAAAAUCCACAGCUUUUGUUGCCAAUGGACGUCCUCUACAACAAAGCAUGACUCAAUCCAAAAUAGGUGCUUCCUCUUUUAACCUUAACAAACCUGUUGGAAGGUCGAGGACUACUUCAAAAAAUGAGAAAAAUGAAAAUAAGACGUCCUCCCUUUCUACUUCUCAAUUUAAUGGCAAAAAACAGGAAAAGAAGGAAAAUAAGCCUGUUUCUGUCGUAUCACCUCCAACUGAUGAGACUGUUUCAACUAGCAAUAAUAUGGAAGGAUCAGUGUUUUCCCCGGACGCAAUCGAAUCCUUCCACAUACCCGGUUAUGACCCAGAUUUGGUUUCACUUAUACAUACUGGAAUUCUUCAACAAAAUCCAUCAAUCCGUUGGGAUGACAUUUCUGGAUUAGAAGAGGCUAAAAUGUUGUUAAUUGAGACUUGUAUUCUUCCAAUGGAGCAUCCAGAACUCUUCCGCGGCAUUCGCCGUCCCUGGCGAGGAAUUUGUAUGUUUGGACCUCCUGGAACGGGCAAAACACUUUUGGCUAAAGCACUAGCUAAUGAAUGCAGCACAACUUUCUUUAACGUUUCUUCGGCUACUCUAACUUCAAAAUAUAGAGGGGAAUCUGAAAAAUUGGUCAGACUUCUUUUUGAAAUUGCCCGUCAACGCGCCCCUUCAACUAUUUUUAUUGAUGAAAUAGACAGUAUUGGUUCCAAGCGCGGCACUGAUAGUGAACACGAAGCUUCUAGACGUGCAAAGUCUGAAUUAUUAAUUCAGAUGGAUGGGUGUGUUGCUGAUGAAGGAAAGACAGUCCUCGUUCUCGGUGCAACAAACUUUCCUUGGGACGUGGAUGACUCUCUUCGACGACGACUUGAAAAAAGAAUUUAUAUUCCUCUCCCUGAUUGUGCUGCUCGAUUAAAUUUGAUAGAAAAUGCUUUGACAGGGAUUGAAUUGGAUGAUGAUGUUAAAUUGAGUGAAGUUGCUGAACGUUUGGAAGGUUAUUCUGGUGCUGAUAUUACAAAUAUUUGCAGAGAUGCAGCCUUAGCCCCAAUGCGUGAUUGUCUUCGCUCAACAAACAAUUUAGUAAAUGCCGAUUUUGAAGAACGCAAAGAAGCUCGAAAGAAAAUUCUUUCAAAACCUGAUUUAACUAUUCGAAUGUGCCAUUUUGAGACAGCAAUCCAAAAAAUGAAGCCUUCAGUUACUCAGAGUACAGUUCAAAAAUAUUUAAAUUGGAUGGAGGAAUUUGGUUCAAAAUAA